ACAACAACAAGAAGAAAAAUGAAGUCUUUUGUAGCUACUUUUGCUCUCGCAGUGUUGGUAACACAAGGAAGCAUUUUUAGUUUGUGUUUGGCCUCUUCUGCUUCUACAAACUCUGUUUCUAAUUGGUUUCAUCAUUGGCCGCCGUUUAAAUGGCGACCAAAAUUUCCAUAUUCUCCACCUACACCGCCACCAACUAAGUAUCUUCCACCAAAACAAUAUCCACCGCCGAUCAAGAAGUACCCUCCGCCAGAACAAUAUCCACCGCCGAUCAAGAAGUAUCCUCCGCCAGAACAAUAUCCACCGCCGAUCAAGAAGUAUCCUCCGCCAGAACAAUAUCCACCGCCCAUCAAGAAGUAUCCACCGCCACCGUACGAGCCUUACCCUCAUCCACCGGUGAAGUAUCCACCGCCGAUCAAAACUUACCCUCAUCCGCCGGUGAAGUAUCCUCCGCCAAUCGAGAAGUAUCCUCCCCCAGAACAGUAUCCACCGCCGAUCAAGAAAUAUCCACCGCCGACUUACCCUCAUCCACCGGUAAAGUAUCCUCCGCCGAUCGAGGAGUAUCCUCCGCCUAAACAGUAUCCACCGCCGCCGUACGAGACUUACCCUCAUCCACCGGUGAAGUUUCCACCGCCAAUCAAAACUUACCCUCAUCCGCCGGUGAAGUAUCCACCACCUCCGUACAAGACUUACCCUCAUCCGCCUAUCAAGACGUAUCCUCCUCCAAAGGAAUGUCCUCCUCCGCCGGUACAUUACCCUUUUCCCCCGAUCAAGAAAUAUCCUCCACCGGUUGUGUAUCCGCCACCAUAUAAGAAGUAUCCACCGCCGUCAUAUCACUUAACACCUCCACCUUACGGCGGAUAUCCUCCGGCUGAUCCAUAGUUACUCAGAACCAAACAAGGACGUGUUCGUGACUUCGUGUAUGAGUAUCUGUCUUAGUUAAAAACUGUUCUGUUCUUUCUGUUACGUUCUUUAAUGCAUCAAAUAAAGAAUAAACUGUUCUGUUUCUU